GAGCCGGAAGUGACGUUUGAAAUAUCGGUUAGAGCUCCAGCGCCGCGUUGGAUGCCUGGUUGAUACAGAGAUGAGCGGUGACAAUGUGAAGUUGUUUGUGGGGAACCUUCCUUUAGAUGCAACGCACGAUGAGCUGACCAAGCUUUUUUCUCCGUUUGGAGAGAUCAACACCUGCUCUUUGCUCAGACAGUAUGCCUUCGUUACCCUGAAGGGAGAGGGGGCCGCAGACAGGGCCAUACGAAAUCUUGAUGGCAAAGAGUACAGGGGGCGGCCCUUGGUGGUCGAGGAGUCACGUGCACGUCCACCCAACUCCACCAAAGUGUUUGUGGGGAACCUCGCUGCAACAUGUUCAGCAGAUGACCUGCACGGGUUGUUCUCAACCUACGGAAGAGUACUAGACUGUGACAAAGUUAAAGCCAGAUUAUGCUCAAAUGUUGGCUAUGCAUUUGUGCACAUGGAGAGGAAGGAGGAGGCGCUGGUAGCUAUUGAAGGACUCAACGGGACCAAUUACAAGGGCCGUCAGUUGGCUGUAGAACUGUCCAAAGCCCAACCUUUGAUCAACCAGCUUGCAAUGGCUGGAAAUAACCACGGUGGAUUAGGAAGGGACGGUCUUCUUCCACGACCGCCUCCAUCACUCGAGCACCACCAGAGUCAAGCAGCUGUUCUAGCAGCAGCUGCAGCAGCCGCAGCUGGACUCCCAAUACAAGUUCAACAAAGUGUCCAUAACUCAUUCUACAACACCACAACCUUUGACCCCACCUACGCUGCCUUGAAGGGCAUUACCAGCGCUAACGGUGCAGAUGGGGUGAUCUAUGAUGCUCUUGCCAGCCAGGUAUAUGGAACUGUUGCGGACCAGGUGUACAAAGAUAUGUCCAAUCACAAUUCUGCUGCCGUAGCCCCUGUUACAGAAGCAGACUCACAGAACGGGCCAGACCCCACAACGCUUUUCGAGGCAGCGAGAGCAAAGUUCUUUCAGGAGGGACAGAAGGUUCUGGCAGAGCAGCAGAUAGGUAGAAAGGGAGCAGAGAAUGAGCGGGACCGCAGCCCAAUCAGAGGAAAUCGAGCCCCCCUUCUCCCAGACCCCGUCCCUGGUUCCUUCGGUCAGAUACGACAGAAGCGCCGCGCCCUGCUGCCGACCCCCGCCGGAGCCCUGGAAGAGUCCCCGGCUGCCACCAACACCCCUGAAGGGUCAGAUCCUGUAGCUAGGUCGUACGAAGAGUACUACCAGCAACUGCAUCAGUACCAACAGUAUCAGCAGUACCAGCAGCAGCAGCAGCAGCAACAGUACCAGUACCUCCAGUAUGCCUACACCAACCCACCUCCUCCUCCACCACCUCCACCGGCCACCACACAGGCCUCCACCACAGCCCCUGCACCCCCAGGGACGUACUCUGCGCCCCCAACGUACGCGGCACCGGGGGCCUACCCACCGCCGGGAACAUAUGACGCGUCGGGAGGUUACGCUGCCCCCCCAGGGAGCUAUGACGCGUCUGGAGGCUACGGCCCACCAGGAGCUUACGCUGCAGCGGGAAGCUACUCCACAUCCACACCGUAUGAGCAGACAGCCGCACACGGGCAACCCAUGCCCCAGCGCCAUGAUUACCCUUACCACACGCCAGAACCCCCUUAUCGAUAGUCCCACUCCCAUACACUCCUUCCACACUGCAGAUGUGUGUGUGUGCGUGUGUGUGUGUGUGCAUGUGUAUCUACAUAAGGGACAGUUUAAAAAGGAAAAUCAGAGAGGGAGCAAGGUUGUAAUUCAGAUCUAAAGCAUUUUCUCCAUCGUUUCUCUAGUCGGUCUGUCAGUUGAUUGGUUGUGUGGUUAACUUACAGAGGGACAGCUUAUAUUUGAACAUUGCCAAGCGAUCUGGUUUUUGUGAGAUGCCAUAGAGGCACAGUUGGUUUCUUGUUGGAUGUUUAAGAAGCUUAAGCGUUUCAUGGGGUGGAGUGGAGUCCAGGGUAGAUCUCGUUGGAGAAGCUUUUUUCUUUGUACAGAAUCGAGGCCUUUUCAUAUAAUUUACACACAAAUGUACACCAAAAAGGUGUUCAUGGAAAAGCAGUCCAUAAGCCAUGCAAAGUCAUAGUUUCAAGUAGGGAAAACACUGAUAAAUUGUUAUGGAGAAUGUUUGUCUUUAGUUUCAGGCUGGUUUCACAGUAAGGACAGGUUUAGUGCUCGUCAAGCAAUCCUAAGUAAAGAUAUUGAUAUUUUUUAUUUUAGUUCAUUGAAAUCUUCAUAAAUAUCCACAACUCUUAAAUUGACAAAUGAAAUUGAUUGAUAGCCCAGGCUAUUUAGAAGUCUAGACACCCUCAGGAGUUAAAUACAUGCAUCCUGUCAGGGUUUGACACCAAAACAUUGGAAAAUAAUAUCUAAAUAUCUUUCUAGUCCUUAACCUUAUUUGCUUUCCAUGUCAGUUGUGUGUAUACAUGCUACUGGAGCACCAUGGGAGAAAAGAAAGCCCAGUGCAUACAUGUUUCUCUUUAUUCAGGUAAUACUCAGUUAAACCAUACAUAUUUAAAUGUGUAAAGGCCAGAAUUACAGCAAGCUUUGAUUGGCUGAUGAUGGAUAUGAGCAUUAUCAAUUCUAUAAUUCCUGAUUGGUUUAUAACUUUUAAUGUUAUUAACUUUUUUUCCAAUAUCAUCAGCUCAGUAGUUUUCAUACAUGGAAAUUCACAAUUUGGUACUUUUGUAAAUACAUACAACUUUGUUUUAAGUGGAAGGGGUAAAGCCAACUAGCAUUUGGUUGAUUGGUAAGAAUAUUGACUAUUUAUAUUUGAGAUAAAAUGAUUGUAUUUCUAAACCAGUUGGAAUAGUGAAUAGACGUGGUGAAGGAAGACGGUUGAGUUGUGUUAGUCUGUUUAAAAAGGACUGAAACCUAAAGCAUUACUGUUAUCCGAUUACAGUCCUGAUUGGUAUUCGACCAUUGUGGCUUGUGAGUGUAUAACUAAUUACGCUCCAAGAUCAGACAUUGCAUACAAUUAGAAAUGAUUUGAUACUCCUAUAAUGCGUUGUCAUGUUGCUGAAGUGAAUCGUGUGGGUUAUUGACAAGAGUGGACAGUGUUGGUGCUGCAGGUAAACACAAGGGUUGUUUUGGAUUUAGUAAAGGCCGCUGGUUUUACUGAGCAGCAGUGAGAAGGGGCCGCUUCCCUUUCCCUUUCCCCCUUCUGAUCUCACCAGAAACACACACCUCAUUUUGAAACUAGGAGUACUGGCUUUCUCUGCAUUCUUGCCACACUACACAACUUCACACUUGUAUUUAGAUGCAUUUUAAAAUGGGUUCAUUGCAUUUUACUCAUGUAAAGCAGGCCACACGUGCAAAUGAUACUAAUGCACACCUGAUUGCAGCUGUAUGUCAUGUGACUUAAGAGUAGAACGGUUUGUGAUUGUACCACACACUCAUUUCUUUAUCGCCACCUGACUUGGUAGUGCUGUGUUAGGUUUAAGUGACACAUAGCCUCUCUAAAUUUCCACAUAAUUCCACCUUCUCCAUGUGAACUGUUAGUUGCAUGCCUUGUUGUUGCUGCUGCUCCAGCCACCUUCUUCCUCUUGCUGAUUAUUGCAGCUAGAGUGGGAGGGAGCCAAACUGAGCCCUUGCCCCGGACGUACGCCACACGCAGCUGUAGCGUGGGAUGGGAAAAACAGCAGCGUUAGGCCUGAAACUGCUGUGGACGAUGGGGUCCCCCCCCCACUAAGGUAAACACUCAGACCACACACUUCUGUCCCUCCCCAAAAACACACACACACACAUACAGAAACAUCUUUGUCCAUACUUCUUUUACCUUGCCUGUCUUCAGGGAGUUUUGUUUGUCAGGAUUUCAGAUUUUUGGAAAUGGAUCUCCCCCCUCCUUUUUUAAUAGGAGAUUACCUUUUUUUCCCCUGCUUUUGAUAUCCCUGAUCAUAUCCCUGCUUUAGGAUACUAUGCUCAUACAUUCCUGCUCCCGACAUACUGACCGCUCACACACAGCAGAUUUGGAGGACACGUUAACCAUCUUUUAGUCUAAAUCUGAAGCAGGCAUGUCGUCAGUACAUCCUGAAUAUAACAGCCUGUCAUUGAACUACCAGGCAAUCACAGCCAGAGCUGGACGUGGGAAAUUUAGGUAGGAUGGGUUGUUUUAGUUUUUGUAAAUGUGCCCCUGCGGCCACUUUGGGGUUAAGUGCCUUGCGUAAGAGCACAUAGGUAAACCCUUCAUUUCAGAGUUGAAUAACCUGGCUCAGGAUCGGUUGCUGGUUCAACGCUCAACUCCCCCCUCUCCCCUAAAACAAAGUUUUUUGAUGCCACAUUCAACUUGUAUGAAUGACAAUGAACACAGAUAUUAUCAUUUUGUUUUAAAUUACAUUUUGUCCUUAUGUUCUUGGAAAUGUUUAAUUAUCAAUAAAUACAUUUGAACUGACUUGUAGCCUCUCUGUGUGAAUAUUUAAUGUGUUACCAGCUUAUUCAAGUAUUUUAAUGUUUUUAAGUGUUUGUUGAAUAGUCACCAAAUAACUAUAAGAGCUCAGCAUCAGAUGACGUUUUAUUCCAUUUUCUUCCAAAAACAUCAACCUAUGCUUUUAAAAUAAAAAACAAUAAAUUUGAUAACAAUCCAAACUUGUUGGUAAUUCAAUCACUUUGAUAUACAAAAAGAAAAAGAGAAGAAAUUCAAGAAAUGGAACCUCCCUCCCUGCUAACGACAUUUUCAUGGACACUGCUGAGUUUCAUGCCCUCAACAAUCAACAGUUCACAGAUGGACACUAGAGUACAGGAUGUGCGUAGUGAACGCAGUAUACACAAUACUGAGGGUAUACUGAGGUUAUGUGGUGAGUGUGAAACUGCAUAGACAUCAUGUGCCUUUCCCUGGCCAAACAACGCGGAAAUGCAGUUUCUGCUCUGAGUUCAAGCAAUUCUGGUUUCCAGACGCCGGAUUUUCAUUGAAGUAGCUUCAGUGUCUAUAUUUUGGCGUUCCCUGUUGAGUAUCUGCAAAUACUUGAGCCAGUCGAUAAGGUCAUGAGAGUCUAUGAUGGAAAACACUAUAAGCAACCCAAUGAAGUUUAGCUACUAGGUCCUUAAUGUAAAACUAGAGUGUAGUGUAAGUAUUGUGUGUUCUGUAGAUUGUGGAGUGGAAGAUGUACUUUCUCUAACAUACUCACCUGUUUAAGCUAAUCUUCUUAAAAUAUGCUUUAAGGGAAUCCAACCCCAGAUUAAAUAUUACAGUUUCUGUCUCUCCCUAAUGCUGUUUCCUUUACAUUAAUUUAGCAUGGGUGAAAAUGUAAGGAUAAUUAAAGUAGUGCCUGUGUGUUGGCCGAAGUAUACAGACUCGUAACUGACAGACAUUUGGGAUUCUGUACCCAUCUGGAAUUGGGUUAGAAACCAUGUCAUAGAUCUCAUAAACAAGGUCUGUACACUUUAACCUGGUUUGCUAAAAUACUCUCAAAAUAAAGCUGAAGCUAUCUGUGAAUCCAAGCCUGGUAUCAGGAAACCAGUCCGUGCUUUCAGAGGAUGACUGGGAAAGAAUAAGUCCAGUUGAUGGCGACAGACAGGACAAGACUGGGCAAACACGUUAAAAACACCACACAAUGUUGACCAGACCAAACACAUAGUACAGUACUUAGACUUUCAAUCACAACCUCCAGUGAUGCUGCUGGCAUAGUAUGAAAAAGGAGCGAGCAUUCAAACACACGUAUUGAAAAUAGCAACGCUUUAAUAAAGAGCGAUUUUACAAGACUGCAAUGUCUAGCUAGCUAGGUGAUAACUGGCAUUGACAUCCAUGGUGUUUUACAAAGAUGCAGUUAUGGUAACUGGGUUUGAAGUUUGAUGGGUUACUUGCAAGUUGCAUUUCUGCAUGCGACUCAGCCUUC